AAAUUUCUUUCAACAUGGCAGCUUUGCCGAAGGAAAACUAAAAGUCUCCUGAUUUUGAGGCCCUUUCUUCCCGAUUCCCGUGACCUGGAGGACCAUGGCGGCUGUUCCAGAUUAUGAUUACCCGUAUGAUUACGAUGAUAACUUCGAAGCGGACUUUGCGGAUGAGCUGGAGGUCCUGGAUGAGAUGGAAGACAUUCCUGGUUUUAAACCAAGCAGCCAGGAAAAGUCCAAGCGAAGUCUGAAGUUCUCCACACCGAAGGACAAGGGUGAGGUGAAACUGAACGGCACCAGUGUCCCUGCCGAGGACAGGCAGACACAGAAGAGAGACCUGUCAGCUGUGUUUGAACUGCCAGAAACUGACGAGGAAGAUAAUGUUGUUAGCUCAGCUUCCAAGAAGAGGCGUGUGAUGACAGUAGAUUCCAACCAAACUGACAUCCAGGAUGCUGAUGACGAUGACUUUGAAAUCACUCCUCCGUCAUCACCCAAUAUCAUUGCCAAGGUCCAGCAGUACCGGGAAACAACAGGCAAGACUGCCGACCAGUCAGCACCACAGGCUAGAGAACAAGUAACAAGUGGCAGGCCAGCCCAAUCCAAAAGUUGUUUCUUGAGAAGACCUCCAUCAGGCAAGUUUGUGACAGUGACAAAUGAAGAUGGUGAGAGGAUGUAUCUGAAGGAGCAUGAGGACACGCUUCAUGACAGUCAGAAACUGAGUGGCCACACCCUGCCUGGAGGGAGACCCUUACAGCUCCUGUCAGUUUCCUUCAGGCAGUUGAAGGACCAGGUAGAAGAUGAGAGAAGGAGAAAAAUUGUUGCUGAAUCUGAACGAAUUACGAGGGAAAUUAACAGACAACUUGAUAGAGACCUUGGAACUGAAGAUGAGGAAGAUGGAGGGGCAUCUGACCAGGAGGAUGCUGGGAAAUCUGCACAAACUGGAUUGUGGGUAGACAAGUUCACACCUACCAACUACACAGAACUGCUUAGUGAUGAGGGCACCAACAGAACCCUCCUGACAUGGCUGAAGUUGUGGGACACUGCUGUGUUUGGUCGUGAGCGGAAGGUGAAGAAAAAACCGGCUGAUCAGAAGAAAGGACAAUUCAUCAACUGGCAAGCUAAGAGACUGGAGGAGGAGCUUGUCCAGGAUGAAGACGGUUUGAAGCGUCCACAGAAGAAGGUUGCCCUCCUCUGUGGGCCACCAGGGCUGGGCAAGACGACCCUGGCCCAUGUCAUCGCUCGGCAUGCUGGGUACAAUGUGGUGGAGAUGAAUGCAAGUGAUGACCGCAGUGCCGAGGUGUUCAAAGAGCGGAUUGAAGCGGCCACCCAGAUGAAGGCAGUGAUGGGGGCAGACCCGCGACCCAACUGUCUCGUCAUCGAUGAGAUUGACGGGGCUCCCCAGGCUGCCAUCAAUGUUCUGCUGGACAUCAUUAAAAGAAAGGACCAAUCCGGCGAGGCUGGUCCCCAGGGGAAGAGGAGGAGGAGGAGGCGGGAGGGUGGGGUGCUCCUCAGGCCCAUCAUCUGCAUAUGUAAUGACCUAUAUGUCUUGUCUCUGCGGCGCCUGCGUCCAUUAUCUCUGGUGCUGCACUUCCCGCCCACCGACUCCACGCGCCUGGCCGGCAGACUGUUGGAGAUUGCCCGCAGGCAGAGUGUUCGGACUGACAUGACGACCCUCCUGGCCCUGUGUGAGAAGACCGAGAAGGACAUCCGGUCAUGUGUCAACACCCUCCAGUUUGUGCACAGCCGUGGCACGGACCUGUCUCUGUCUGACGUCCGCUCCAUGGCAGUGGGACAGAAGGACCAGCAGAAGGGACUGUUCACCGUGUGGCAGCAGAUCUUCCAGGUCCCCAGACAGAAAAGGAAGAGGUGGAAUAACCCUCAUGACGUAGCGGCGGGGCAGCAGAGGGCAGGUGAGGACGUGUCUGUCACACAGCCGCACACACCUGCCGGCCGCUUCCAGCACAUCUUACACCUCACCUCAGGCAACGGGGAGUACGAGAAAACCUGCCAAGGUCUCUUUGAGAACUACCUGGAGGCCAAGUUUAAGGACACGUACCUGGAUGCCGUCACCAUGGGCUGUGAUUGGCUGGGCUUCUAUGACCUUGUCAACAACAUCAUCAGCCACAUCCAGACCUUCAUCCUGAUGCGUUACAUCCCCUACACGUUUGUGGCCUUCCACAUGCUGUUUGCUGGGUCAACGGCGCCCAAGUUGUCCUACCCUAGCAGUCAAUAUGAGUGCCAUCAGAAGAUGACGGAGACCCAGAGUCUCCGUGCAGCCCAGCAGGGUGAGAUGUCUGCCGUCAUCAGGAGCCGUGUGUCCCAGUCUGCCUUCCUACUGGAGCUCCUCCCUGCACUGCUGGACAUCAUUCAGCCCAGCUUCAGACCUGUGAACUCUCAACUGUUCAGUGCGAAGGAGAAACAACAGAUGUCAGACCUGAUCCACACCAUGAUCGCCUACAACCUGACAUACCAGCAGGAGAGAAGCCCAGAGGGACAGUACCAGUACCUGUUAGAACCGAACAUGGAAGAGGCUACACGCUUCAGUGAUCAACCACCCAAGAAACAGCUGACAUAUGCAGCCAAGCAACUCAUAGCAAAGGAGAUUGAGGUGGAGAAGAUGAGACGGAGUGAGGCCCUGCUGAUGAGUAGGAACAGGAACGUUCCAACACCUGAAGAGAAGACUCAGGAGACAGGGCAGAAGUCAGAUGGUACAGCUGAAGGAGCCGUGCCCAACCACCUGGCCAAGCUGCAACCUAAGAAAAUCACUGUAGCGGAGGAGAAGCCUGCGGUGGAUUUCUUUGGUCGAGUGAUAAAGAAGAAAACCCCUGAGAGGAAUAAAGAUGCUUCAAGCAGUAACUCAAGCUCUAGUCAGAAAGUCAGUAGGGAAGGAAUGGGCACUGUCUACUACAAGUUCAACGAAGGAGUCUCCAAUGCCAUUCGUAAAAACAUUCCCAUACAGGACCUAUUGUAGAUUUUGCCAUUAUAUGGAACAUACAUGUAUAAAUAUCAAUUACAUCAAUAUACUUUAACUCGGCCUAAGUUAUGAGAAACUACAACUUGAUUGUAAAGUUAGUGAGUCAUUGUGGUUCAAGGAUACAUUUGUUCAUGCACUUGGUUCAUGCACUUUUUUCUUUGG